UACGAAAAAAGCAAAAAUGAAAGGCAGUUCGGAUUCCUAUUCAACUUCCGCGUCCCAGCUUGGGCAGUUUGGGUUUUGUCCGGGAAUGCGAAUGCAGAAGUGGAAUAAAAGAAGAACAGAAGGAAUAAAAUAGAUCGAUCUUUCAGCUUUUGUUCUUGUGCUCUCUCUCUCUCUCUUUCUCAAUCUCAAUCUCUUCUUCUUUUCUGCAACAUUAUUGCAUAGUCUGUCGCUGCAAAAAAUGUCGAAUUUCUCUUCUCAACUCAGACUCUCUUCGUCCCUCAUCAAACGUUUUAAGCAUCAAAUGGCGACGAAUGUGUCAAUGAUGAUGAUGAUGAUGACGGAACGUAGAUCCUUUACAACUGUUGAAUGGCACCGCCCCACCAUUAUCCACAAACGUAGCCUUGAUAUCCUUCACGAUCCCUGGUUUAACAAGGGAACAGCAUUCUCCACGACUGAACGGGAUCGCCUUGAUCUUCGUGGUCUUCUUCCUCCUACUGUUAUGACUGCUCAACAGCAAAUUGAUCGCUUCAUGGUUGACCUAAAAAAGCUUGAAAAAAAUGCAAGAGAUGGACCAUCUGAUCCAUAUGCUUUGGCUAAAUGGCGGAUACUCAACCGGUUACAUGACAGAAAUGAGACAAUGUACUACAAGGUUUUAAUUGACAACAUUAAAGAGUAUGCACCUUUAGUUUAUACACCCACUGUUGGUCUGGUAUGCCAGAACUACAGUAGCUUGUUUAGAAGGCCACGGGGAAUGUAUUUCAGUGCAGCAGACCGUGGAGAGAUGAUGUCAAUGGUUUAUAAUUGGCCAUCUGAUCAGGUUGAUAUGAUAGUGGUAACAGAUGGAAGCAGAAUACUGGGCCUUGGAGACCUUGGUGUUCAGGGCAUUGGAAUUGCAAUUGGGAAGCUGGAUUUAUAUGUUGCUGCUGCUGGGAUAAAUCCACAAAGGGUACUUCCUGUGAUGAUUGAUGUUGGAACUAACAAUGAGAUGCUUCUUAAACAUCCCCUAUACCUGGGAUUGCAACAACACCGCCUUGAUGGCGAGGAGUAUCUUUCCGUUAUUGAUGAAUUUAUGGAGGCUGUGUUUACUCGUUGGCCAAAUGUGAUUGUACAGUUUGAAGAUUUCCAAAGUAAGUGGGCCUUCAAGUUACUGCAGCGCUAUAGGCAUACCUACCGAAUGUUUAAUGAUGAUGUGCAGGGAACAGCAGGAGUUGCAAUAGCUGGUCUUUUGGGCGCUGUAAGAGCACAAGGAAAACCAAUGAUAGACUUUCCAAAGCAAAAGAUUGUUCUUGCUGGUGCUGGAAGUGCAGGAAUAGGAGUUGCUAACACAGCAUGUAAUACCAUGGCAAGGAUGCUGGGCAAUAGCGAGUCUGCUAUUGAAAGUGCAAGAAGCCAAUUCUGGGUGGUUGAUGCUAUGGGGCUAAUUACAGAGGAUCGUGCAAAUAUUGAUCCAGAGGUUUUGCCAUUUGCAAGAAAGAUGAAAGAAGUUGGUUAUCAAGGAUUACGGGAAGGAGCAAGCUUGGUUGAAGUGGUUCGGCAAGUGAAUCCUGAUGUUCUUCUUGGGUUAUCUGCAGUUGGCAGCUUGUUCUCCAAAGAGGUUUUGGAGGCCAUGAAGCAUUCAACAUCAACUAGACCAGCCAUUUUUGCAUUGUCAAACCCUACGAAAAAUGCUGAAUGCACCCCUGAAGAAGCAUUUUCCAUUGUGGGUCACCACAUCAUAUUUGCUAGCGGAAGCCCAUUCAAAAACGUUGAUCUUGGAAAUGGUACAGUUGGGCACUGCAACCAGGGGAACAACAUGUACCUAUUCCCAGGGAUAGGGCUUGGUACUCUUCUAUCUGGUUCUCCUGUGAUAUCCGAUGGCAUGCUGCAAGCUGCUGCAGAAUGCCUGGCCACAUAUAUGAAAGAAGAAGAGGUUCUCAAUGGGAUAAUAUAUCCAUCAAUAUCAAGCAUACGUGAUAUAACAAAAGAGAUUGCUGCAGCUGUGGUGAGGGAAGCUAUAGAAGAGGAUCUAGCAGAGGGAUACCGUGAUAUGGAUGCUCGAGAUCUUCAAAAACUAAACCAGGAUGAAAUCGUGGCUUUUGUGAAGAACAACAUGUGGAACCCAGACUACCCAACCGUGGUAUACAAAAGGGAUUGAGUUCAGCCAAACUAUUGACCAGGCUAUGCACUGCCAUCUAGAAGCUUGAGGGAAGAGAAGUUUAAUUGAACACAUGUCCUCAAGUCCCAGCAGAGUAAUGUUAUAUGAUAUUUAUUAUUGUGCCCAAUAAUAACCAUUUGAUACAUAACAUAGCAAUACUGUGUUGCAGUGUAUCUGUUGUCUGAACCCUGAAUUUUGUAGGAUUCUUCCAUCAAGCAGAAAAUUUUGUUUUUUUAUUUAGUAAUAAAAAGAAACUAAUCAGACCAUUAUCUUUAGAUAAAAUAAAGGGACUCCCUUUUAAUUGAUAUU